GCCCGCGCAGCCGGUACAAGAGCAGGUAGGAGGGGCUGGAGGGCGUGGCUGAGGGAAGCUCCACCCUCCCUCCACCGCCGCCUCUCCGCCGCAGAGUAAAGGGUCUACUGGAGGGCGGAGCGAAGCCAGGCCCCACCCUUCCUCUGCUGCUUAUGAUUGGUCACCGCGGCGGGCGGAGCAUCGAGCUGCGCACGGGUUGGCUGUGUAGCGGAGGGUUGCGUGCCGACGUAGAGAGGCCUGACAGCGCGGGGCUCUGGUCGGCCGCGGCGGCCUGGCUUUGUUUUUAGGCCAGGUCUCUAGGACCGGCCCCGGGAAGAUGGUGCUGGGCGGCUGUCCUGUGAGUUACCUAUUGCUGUGCGGCCAGGCGGCCUUGCUGUUGGGGAACCUGCUGCUGCUGCACUGUGUCUCUCGGAGCCACUCGUUUAAUGCGACGGCGGAACUGGAUCUCACACCCUCAGGCGCCGCUCAGCUGGAGGGUCCCGCGGCCUCGAGCUGGGAAUACAACGACCCCCAGUCCCCAGUCAUCCUUUGCUCUUACCUACCCGACGAGUUUGUAGAUUGUGAUGCCCCAGUGGAUCACGUUGGAAAUGCAACUGCCUCCCAGGAGCUUGGUUAUGGUUGUCUCAAGUUUGGAGGUCAGGCCUACAGUGAUGUGGAACACACUGCGGUCCAGUGCCGAGCCCUGGACGGGAUUGAAUGUGCCAGCCCCAGGACCUUCCUACGAAAAAAUAAGCCUUGUAUAAAGUACACUGGACACUACUUCAUAACCACACUUCUCUACUCCUUCUUCCUGGGAUGCUUUGGAGUCGACCGCUUCUGUCUGGGACACACUGGAACAGCAGUUGGGAAGCUGCUAACACUUGGAGGACUGGGGAUCUGGUGGUUCGUAGAUCUUAUUCUGCUCAUCACUGGGGGGCUGAUGCCUAGUGAUGGCAGCAACUGGUGCACUGUCUACUAAACCCUGCUACUAUCUGUGCUGGCAAGGAAAGCGAGUUCUUGGCUGCCAAGAUAAUUACUACAAGCUCUGAAUUCUCUGAACAUCACCGUCCUCUCUAGGAGGAAGGACCGACCGAGUUUUUCACCCCCAAAUCUUAACCUUACAAACCAGAAUGACAGCAGUAUUGUAUUGUGGGAGUCUAGUGGUCCCUUCCACCCAUACAAAAUCUCAAAGAUAGUGACUUCUAUCCAGAGAUCAUUGUCAGUGAUGUCUCUGUGUGGCUGGAUCUUCAGUCAUUUGGAGCAGGGGAACCCAACAGGAUAAACCAAGUGAGUGUUUAUCCAUUUACAGCCGUUCGUGACCCUAAAUUUCCAUGCACAGAUCAAAAGCUACGCCAAUGAGAAGUCUUCAGGCAAUGUAGAAAUGACUGUGGAUUUUAAUACACACCAAAAUUCUGACCAUUUAAAUUGCAGAAUAAAGUUUUAAAACCUA